UUAGGUGUACCUACUAUGACAAAUCGUUCUAGUGCUCUUCGUACGACCCUACUUACCUUUCCCAGGCUUCGAGAAUCAGCAUACCGACGUUCACUCCACGUAUUUUCUCUAGAGUGCAACACGAGGAUAAAGUUGACGUGUGCAUUUCUCGGUCACGCCGCUAUGGUUAAAUACAAAGGCGAGGCAAACGUCGACGCAACGAGUCACUCGUCGAGAUCGUGUAGGAGUCCGGGAGAAUUGUUGGAUGAACUGGAAAAUUGCUCACGCCUACGACUUCAGAAUGAGAAUUGUCAUAAGCCGUUAUGGAUCACUUUGUCGAUCUCAACCAGUGAAAUAACCGAAUAAGCGACGGGCACACGUUCGUGUAUUCUCGACGAUACAAAAAUCAUCGUUGUAACGCUCUUACACUUUCUCGCAAGCAUUUAACUAAUUGAUCG